GCUGCUUCUGCGUUCUUCAACCGUCUUAAUUGAAUCAAGACUCUGAUUCUUUCUUUUGGCUGCCGUUUAAUUGUACGCGAGUAGACAGAAACAUGGCGAGCGCAGAACUAGCGCUUGUGAACAAGGUCGAGAUGAGGAUUGCCCUCGCCAGCACCGAUGCGAAGCUCGAGUCCCUCCUCAAGGUCUACCUCGCCCCGCUGCUCUUGAAGUUGAUCUCUCCUCAUCCUGCUGUGCGCAAUAAAGUGGUUUCGAUAUGUAACCAUAUCAAUACCCGUGUCAAGUCCUCAUCGAUCGUGCUCCCUGCCGAGACUCUUCUCGCUCAGUUUAAGAACCCACAGGUUGAAGGCGAUGCUGCUCUGAUGCGUAGCUUUUGUUUGAUGUACAUACAGAUGACCAUUGUCCGAUUGCCAGCUGAGCAACAAACCGCUAUCCUACCUGACCUCCUCAAAGGAAUUUCCUCCUAUGAUCGCACGUUCCAGAAAACGCUGUUUUCAAUCGUUCUCAAAGUCCUCCCACAAUGGAAAGCCCCGGACCGCGGAUCAACAGAAGCCGACAACAUCCGCUCGGCGUUUGGUUUCGACGAGUCUCCCGCUGAUGCUGAAUUUCUUUCAAAGCAUUUCACCAGUCUUUUGAUGCUCAACUACAGCGCCUUUUCUGGCGCCUAUGAGACUCCCGAGGGACUGUGUUGCCCCGGUGUCCCUCCUUCUGAAUUCGAAUUUCUCACGUCAAACUCGCGUGAUACAAUCCCAAGCGCAAACCUUGUUCCUAUCAAAAUGGCUGCCCUUAGAUUCUCUCAGGCUGUGUUGACGGAGAAAGAGCAGUUCUGGCCUGCAUUUGUGGGAUCACAAGAAAAUAUCAACGAGAUUGCAAAUGCUGCGAGUGACAUGCUGAAAAGAAUCACGGUUGACUAUGAAGACGAGGAUAUUGUCAAGGGUCUCUUCGAUUUAUAUCUGGGGACUGAGGACACUCCUCCAGUGAAUCCGCAGUUUGGAGCCCGCAUUCUGCAGCUCCUAUGUAAGAGUGCGCGGGCUGCAAACGACAUGUCGAAUACGGCCGACGCGAUUCAAUUCGGUAUUACAUCCGAGAACCCUCGUCUGAGAUCUGCUACCGUUGAGUUUGUGAACUGGGUAGUCAAAAUUGCUCGUCCUGAAACAAUUAAACCUGUUGCAAAGGAUCUUGUCGAAACCCUCAAGCAGCAUCUCCAAAAGUCUGGAUAUAUUGUAUCCCGGAGCGCUAACUCACAAGAGCUGCGACUGAGAGGUUUUGCAUAUGUUGCAAUGGGAUCUCUUAUCAAGCGCGCACCCGACAUUUUGAAAACAGAUUUUGACAUCAUCAAAAGUCUGUUUGACAGUCUUCAACAUGACAAUCCAGAUUUGCGGAAUUCGAUCCACGAGUCCCUUAGCAGUCUGAUCCCCGUCCUGGAUACUCUUGAUCAGGAGCAGACAGACAAGCUGAAGCCAAUUCUUCUGGAGCAAAUCAAUCUUGGCAGUGAGCACUCAAAUUGUCAGUUUCUGGCGCUCAGAUUCUGUAUCGCGGCCCUGCCAUUCAGUGAUCCUGUCGCGAGGUAUAUUUGCAUCUUGGGUUUGAAUCCCGCAAAUCGAGCCGAUGUGAUCAGCGAGGCCAAAAAGGGUCUCCAUCCAUACUAUUUCCAGAAAACCCAUCGGCCUGAAUUCAAAUUUGGCAAAGAAACAUUUGAUGGUCCUGAGUACGACUUUCCAGAGUUUAGUGAUAUGCUAGCAACGCUUGAGCAGAUGUGGUCUACUAAGGCAGAUGAUGGAUCAACUAGUUUCAAUGUCAAAACGGUCCCGCCUCCAAUUUUCGUUUCCUCUCUCCAAUUUGCCCGGCAAAUUUUGUUGAUGAAGGCUGUGGAGAAGAAUGCCAAAAUCUCAAUCAUCGAUGAAGGAUGGUCGCACAAACUUGACGAAGCCGUUGCGUUUGACGAUGGUGCUCGUCAAAAUGUGACUGAUCUGUUGGCAACUUGGCACUCAUCCGAGCCUGCGUUACGAAAGUAUACCGAAGUCGCGUUUUCUGGUUUUGCCUCUCAGAUUUCUGGGAUGUUUCCUGCUGGUGAAAUGUGGAUGGAGAUUCUAAGUAUGGGUCCGAAAGAUCUCGUCUCGUUCUGGACAGCCAGAGUCUCUGAGUUUGAAGCGCUCAGUGUAUCUGUCAGCUCAGAAACGCGAGUUCUUGCUGGACAUGCCUUGGGAAUCCUGUGUACCUCCUCGCAAUUGCCCGACGAGAGCAUCAAAGGUUUGAUCACUAAACUCAUGCAGAACAUUGAGGACAGCUCGAACCUUCCCCGAGCGCACGGAGCGACAAUCUCCCUUUCUUAUAUCAUUUCCCGAUUGCAGCUGAAGAAAGAUCUCGCGAUAGUGGACGAGUCCGAUUUGCAAAAGUACCUAUCAACUCUGUUGAAGAACCUGGAAAAGCAGUCAGUGACAGCUCUUCGCGAGGCUUCGAUCUCCGCCAUUUCUCAACUAGGAGCCUACGGUGUUCUUUCGAGUCUGCCCCAGGCAGACCUGGAGAAAGCUAGUGAUCUUUUGAUGGAAAACGUAAAGUCGAGCAAUAACGACCGUGCUAUGCAAGCCUUUGGUAACCUUUACGCUUGCUCUCCUGACGUUGAUGUGAAGAUCGCUGCUGCCGAAAGAAUUUUUGCCUUGCACGAGUCGAAGCAGAUCGAAUUUCUUCUCGGCAGUGGCGAAGCACUCACCUGUAUCGGAGCCGGAUGGGAUUCUACCGCUCUUCGUCGAACUCUUGAUGUUUGCGGCUUCGAGCCUCCUACAGUUGGCUACGAAGCACUCAACAUAAUUUUAGAUAAGGUUCUAGAGUUUUCAAAGACCACCAAGCCAUCUUUGAAAAAGAGUUCUUGCAUUUGGCUUCUGAGCUUGGUGCAGUUUUGUGGCCAUUUGGAGCCAGUAGUCUCGCGCUUGAAACUGAUGCACUUUGCCUUCCUAGGGUUUUUGGGUGAUCGAGAAGAUAUUGUACAAGAGUCGGCGUCUCGCGGACUCGGACUUGUGUACGAGAAAGGCGACAGUCGACUAAAAGACGAUUUGGUGCAUAGUUUGGUUCAGAGCUUUACUUCCGAUUCGCGUACUAGCGCUGCUGGACGGGUUUCAGCUGAAACACAGCUUUUUGAUCCUGGUGUGCUGAACACAGGAGACGGAUCAGUCUCCACUUAUAAAGAUAUUAUGAAUUUGGCGGCGGAAGCCGGAGAUCCCAGUCUGAUCUAUAAGUUCAUGUCGCUCGCUUCAAGUUCGGCGAUUUGGUCGACUAGAAAGGGAGCAGCAUUUGGGUUAGGAUCUAUCUUGGCGAAAACGAAUCUGGCCGACAUAUUCGAGUCCAACCCGCGCUUGGCCAAGAACCUUAUACCCAAGCUAUACAGAUACAGAUAUGAUCCGAAUAUGGCAGUUCAGCAGUCGAUGAGAGGUAUCUGGAACGCGCUGGUUUCUGAUUCUGCGAGUAUUAUCGAGAGUCAGUUUGACGAUAUUCUCGAAGAGCUGCUGAAACGAAUGGGCGACCGGGAAUGGCGUGUGCGUCAGGCGAGUGCUGCCGCUUUACAGGAUCUGCUGGAUAGUUCACAGCCUUCUAGAUACUCGGCGUAUUUGGAGCGGAUUUGGACUAUGAGCUUCCGCUCCCUUGACGAUAUCAAAGAGUCAGUUCGAACGCAAGGUGUAUCUCUAUGCCGCAGUCUUGCCAAUUCCUUGGUACGCAUCAUUGAUGUAGAGGUUGGAGCGUCUACUCAGAACGCUGAAGAGACCUUGACGACACUACUCCCGUUCCUGAUCGGCAACUCUGGUCUUCAGUCACAGGCACAGGAGGUCCAGAUGUUUUCUCUCGAGACUUUACUGAAGCUGAUUCAGAAAGGAGGAUCCGGUUUGCGGCCGUUUAUUCCCACGCUUCUUGAGGAGAUGCUGGGUCUUCUCUCGACUUUGGAGCCUCAAGCUGCCAACUACAUCGCACUGAAUGCGGACAAAUACGGCAUGACUGCGAACGCUAUUGACGCUACGCGGUUGGCUAGUAUCCGAGCAUCUCCUAUGAUGGAUGCAGUUGAUCGUCUGAUUGAUGUGCUCGACGCGCCGACGAUGAAGUUGGUGGCACCCAAGCUUUUGACUGUUAUUAGGAAAAGCGUGGGUCUACCCUCGAAAGUCGCUAGUAGUCGUGUGCUGGUGACGUUAGUCGUUCGACAUAUGGAUCUGAUCAAGCCGUACGCCGAUCGGUUUAUGAAGAGCUGUAUCGCACAGCUGUCUGAUCGAAACGAUACGAUUGUCUCGUCGUUCGCCUCGGCUGCUGGCUACCUUGCCCGUCUAUCCAGCGACGACCGCGUGCUGGAGCUAGUAGCGUACUCUGAGAAGCUCUACUUUGAAGGCGAAGAAGAGCGCCACCGCCAAAUCUCCGGCUCCAUAAUCCUCGCGCUGAGCAAGCACGCGCCCGACCGCGUGACAAGUCUGGCGUCGAGCAUCCUCCCGUUCGUGUUCAUCGCCAAACACGAUCAAGUCAAAUCGAUCCGCGAGCCAUUCGAGCACGCGUGGUCAGAGCACACGGGCGGCGUGGGCGCGAUCAAGCUUUAUUUCGGGGAGAUUCUUGAGAUUGCGCGAGACCAGCUCGAGAACCAGCGAUGGAUCGUGCGGCAGACCGCCGCGCUGAGCGUUACCGACGCGAGUAAUCUUGUCGGGAACCAGAUCUCGCAGACCGAGGAGCUGUUUACGAUCUUGAUUAAAGCCAGUACGGGAAGAAGCUGGGAUGGUAAGGAGAAAGUGGUGGACGGCCUUUGCGCGCUGGCGACGAAGAUGAAGGGGUUUGUUGAUCGGGAUGUGCAGUUGAGAGAUAAGUUGCUGAAGGUGUUUACGGUCGAGGCGGGGAGGAAUAACAAGGAGUACGCGACGAAGGCGAGGAAGGCGCUUGAGAAGUUUUGCGGGGAGUUUAAUCUGCCUGUUCCAGCGACUGAGUAGCCUACCUCAUAUUACUACUCUAGAUUAUGAAUUGAUAAAGAACAGAAAAGAACUGUAUUGCACUACCUACCCAUACCUGUUAGAUAAAAUGAAACCCUACAUAAUGAAGUGUAUACCCUAUAACCCUUAUAACCCUAUGACAAUGAAACGAAAUGAAUAGUACC